CCUAAUGUAAACUUAACUUUAACGUGGUUGGAGCUCUGAGUAAAAAGGUUUCUAUAUACUAAAGGUGAAAUGUGAAAUAAAAGAGCGUUGUGAGUUUAAAGAAUAAAGAAUACUGUGAGAACACACACAGCGUGAGUCGGCGUGAAAAAAUGAUUGUGGUGUACCUAACAAAGUGCGUGAAAUGUUAUGAACCGUUAUAACGUCAUGUAUCAUUGCAUGUUAUUAUUAUCAAGCUGAAGUGGUCAAAAGGUACUAUUUUUCUGUAAUAACUGCAAAAGUAAGAUCUAAAAUCUAAUCUCAAAUGGCAUCAACUGCGAAAGAUAAAAAACAAACACGUCUCAGUAUUGAGGAUCGGAACACAAUUAUAGAACGACUGAAAAAUGGUGAAAAAGCAGUUGAUCUAGCACAGGAAUACAAAGUAACUGCAUCAGCAAUUGCACAGAUUAAAAGACACAAGGAACAAUUGAUAGAAAGGAAGAGAUUAAUUCUUCUGAAUCAUGGCAACACAUCAAAGAAAAGAUGUACAGGAGUUGAGGAGAGUGGUCUUGAGCAAGCUUUGUAUACCUGGUUUCGCGAAAAAAAAAGCAUGGGUGAUCAUGUGACAGGACGAAUGUUACAACAAAAAGCAUUAGAACUUAAUAAUAUGUUAGAUGGUUCCAAAACUUUUAAAGCAACAAGUGGUUUUCUGUCAAAAUUUAAAAAAAGACAUAAUAUUGGUGGCACACAUAAUCGUAAAAAAAAAGGACCUUCGGAUCAAGAGAUAAACGACCAAUUUUGUCAAGAAUUUUCCAAAUAUAUUACUACCAAUGACAUACCACUAGAUAAUGUAUAUAACGCUGAUGCAACUGGUCUCUUUUGGAAAAUGUCACCAAAUAACCAAAAAACUUUAAUUACCAAUGAUGAACUCGAAGCUUCUGAAAUACAGCCAUUUAAAGAUAGAAUAACAUUAAUAUUAUGUACAAAUGUCACAGGAAGUCACAAACUUCCGAUUUUAGUUGUAGGUAAAAUCAGUAAACCACGUUGCUUCACAAACGUACAAUCUUGUCCUGUUAUUUACACAGGACAAAAAAAUGCUUGUAUAGACAGAGAACUAAUGUUAUAUUGGUAUCAAGAAGUUUUUAUGCAGGAAAUUGAGCGUGUUCAUGGACCCAGUCUUCAACAAUGUGUUCUUUUACUUAAUAAUAUGCAAGAUCAUCCUUCAGCAGAGUAUUACAAUUCAAUUAGUCAGAGAUGUCAUGUAAUGAUCUUAUCUCCUAAUGUUGACACACUCGUACAACCUAUGAGUAAUGGAAUAAUAGCAAAUUUUAAAAAAAUGUAUAAAAUCAACUUUAUAAGAUUAAUAUUUGCCAAAAAUACCCCUGAACACCAUCAGAAACUAUUAAAAUCAUUUGACCUUCUUCAAUGUUGUUAUUUAGUGAAUAAUUCCUGGGAUAAAGUAACGAUUAACGAUAUAAAGAAUGCUUGGAAAAACAUUUUUCCAUUCUGUUCAGAAACUGAGUCACAGUGUAACAAGAGCUCACAAUUUCUAGAUAUAGUGAAUAGAAUUCCUACUUACAAUAUUACACCAGAAGCAGUUAAGUUAUGGUUGGACAGUGAUGAUCAUGCUUACUUAAAUAAUGAAAAUGAAGACGAUGAAGAAGAACCGGCAGAAACUGAGAGUGGUUUUCUGCCUGAUGAUACAGCAAUCGAUGGUUUUGAUGGACUUAAUACGUUUAUUCGCUGGUAUAGAAACAAUCCUGAAAGCACUCCUGAAGAUUGGGAUUAUUUGUAUAAAUUUUGGUGUUCUGCCUUCAGUGAAAUUGUUCGUACAAGUAAUAUUUAAAAACAUUUAUACUUAACAAUUUUAAAACGUAAUUACUUCUUUUUAUUUUAUUUAUUAAGAAAUACUUAGCGUGUCCCACAACUGUCGAUUAAUAUUUUUAGGGUAGAUUCUUCAGAAUUUUCUCAGAUGAAAAGUUUAAUAUGAAAACGACAAGAGUCACUAUUAGCGUUUUUGAUUGGUUUUGGACAAUUGUGUGUGCGCGUGCGCGCGUGUAUAGGUCAAAUUGAGUUCAGUUAUUAUUUAAUUUAUUGAGAUGAUGUUAUUAGUCGUUUCAUGAGCAAUUCAACUUGUAACAGUCAAAAGCGCUUAUAUAGUAGUUUUUAAAUUAAAUAAACGAUUAAAAAUUAUCAGUUUCAGUGCUGAUUAUUGAGCGUUCAGAUAUGGCAAGCAAUAAGCAGCGAGUGGCAAAGACAUUUCUUUAAUUGGAGCGACGUUUAAUCGAUAAAAAAAAAAAAAAAAAAAAAAAA